AUGACGACGACGCUGGCGGUGCGGCGCCGUGCGGUGUGCGGCCUGGCGCUCCUCGCGCUGCUCUGCGCCUCGUUUGUCAGCGGGGCGACUGCGGCGGCCGGAGGCGGCGAUGUAAAGGCUGCUUUUCAGUUCGGCGGCGAGCCCCUCUCCGAUGCUUUGAACCGCGCGAAUUUCACUGCUGCCCCGGGUGCCAACGGGGCCGUCGUGGGCCACCGGACUGCUGCGCCUGUGCUGCAGAAUGACUCCCAGCGCCCCGACAAAGCGCAGCUUCGUCUCCCUGCCGCUCCUCAGUGCUCGAUGAAAUGCGUUCAGCCCAUACCUGCCCCAACUUCUUGUGUGCGUUGCCCCCCGGGUGUCCCUGGCCGGUCCCCCACCGUUGAAGAACUUCAAGCCGCAGCUACGACGGUUGUCACCGCGCAUUCACGCGAAGAGGAUGUUGCCGGCUGGAAACUUCCUUCCAACAUUGCCGCAGCUGCUGCUAAACAAAGGAAGGAAAAUGUCUCAGCUUCCACCGCUGAAACUUGUGUUGCGGGCGGCCCAAAGGACCCGCCGGCACCUUGCGACUCCGGACUGCCUUCCGCUCCCGAGGGUGCCGCUUCGUGUUCACACGCCGGAGUUGUUGCUCCUCCUCUUUCCGGCGAUGCAGGAAGCCGUACGCCUUCUGGUCGUGUUGCGCAGCCCAACCCCAGCUCCCCGGCCUUUUCCCACUUGAGCGGCGGCGGUGCCGGUGUUGUUGUUGGCGGGGUUCCCGGCGCGGCACCAGCGGGGCCAAAUCCAACGUCCCUGCGCCCAGACGCCGGACAUCCGUCGCGUGAAGAGGCGGCAAGCAAAGGGGAUGCGGGCAUGACGGCUGGGCGUGGGAGCAACGCGGAUGCAGUCGAGCCAGGCGGUGUGCCGCACACCGGUGUCCCCAACAACAGCGCAGACCGACGCGGUGAAGGCGGGGGCGCACCUGAUGCCGCUGCAGGAACAGUU